GACCGCGCGCGCUUCUCCGAAGUGCUGAUGGCGUGACCGCAGUAAGGCAGCCGGAGAGUGCAGCUCGGCUUAAACGUGCACUCGUCAUUUGGGGUGGAGAGACAUUGGAUGAGUGAAGCUCUCCACAGCUCUAACACAUCAUCUCAGAAGGAAAACCGGCUACUCUAGGGGACGUUCACAGCUUGGUCCACAGAUGCGUGACCUGCAUGAUAAUUCGUCGUUUCUGCGUCUCAUUCUGAGCGGAAUAUAAGGAGACGUUGCAUCUCGUCGGGUGGCUGUGGAGUCACAUACGGAACAACCUCCAGAUCCUCCGAUGAAUAUGUCCAUCGGUCACUCAUCUAGGAAACUAUGCAGCCGGACCACUUGAUGCAUUAUUAUUGCGACUGCCUUACAUAACGAGGCUUGGUGGGGGAUCCCGAAGAAACUGCUGCGCUUGGCUGAUUUGUGGCAGCAAGGGAAACGCAAGUAAAAAAAAAAAGACCAACAUUAAGCUAUACUAGCUAAUAUGAUUCGCCAAUCCACUGAUUCCUGGCACCAGUGAAAAGGUGAAGAUGAAUGGGAGCCAGAGGCUGGGAGGCGAGACCUUCAUGGUGGAGGCUGACGUCAUUCUUCACACUGUAAACUCUGACCUUGCCUCCCUCUCAGGCAUAGAUAGGAAAACAUGUCCGGCUCUGAUGAAGAAGGACAACGCCGUCCCUGUUAUCGGGGAAUUCCUGCAGUGCAAUCAGCCUCUCGAUUCAGAUGCUCCGGCCACAUUCGAGAGAGAGUACCUAUUGGACGCCGAAAUGACCUUCGACGAUCAGACGGGGGACAGCUUGAACGUUGCAAAGGAUCAACAGUUCCAGAUCUCAAACCAUAAGGCGGGUCUUGAAAUGAGGGAGGCCGUUAUAGUGAAGAACCUCAAUGGUAAAAUGGGCAAUGGUGACAACCACGGUGACGUCGUCAAGGCAGACAUUUCCCACGCUGGGGAUUCCUCUGUGUGCUUCCUGGACCCCGGAGCCCGAGAGGAAGCAGAUGGAAGUGCAUCAGCGAGUGCAGAGGCUUCUCAAAGAGGACAGUGUGAGAUAAACACAGGCCAGGGACAGGCUGUGCCUGACACUCAUUGUAUUACCACUGGCAGCCAGCCAGGGCUAGCGGAGCCGGUUCGCUCUUCCAUUCCCGGAUCCAGUGCGUCUCACCUGCCCGGCGAAGACAAUCCGGGGGGAUGUUCCGGGGACAGUGGGAGCCUCGGGCACCGGGAAAGCGGCCCAGGGGCAGAGAAUCCCCUGGCUGCGAAGGAACCCGAUUUGGUCAUUGAAGUCGGCGGGCAGAAAAUAAACGCUCACAAGGAGAUCCUGGCGGAGAAGAGUGACUACUUCAAAGCCAGGCUCUCGCGGGACAUCCUCAAAGUGAAGGGGCUGAGCUACAAGACGCUGUCCGUGCUGAUAGACUACAUCUACACCGCCCGGAUGACCGUGAGCAAGGACACCGUGGUGGACGUCAUCACGGGCGCCAAGAUCCUGCAGGUGCCCUGCGCCGUGCAGGCGGCCGUGGACUCCAUGUCGGAGCAGCUCACCGCCGAGAACUGCUACGAGGUGCUGAGCAUCGCCAAGAAGCAGCGCCUCGGCGAGCUCAAGGAGACCGCCUACCGCUUCAUGAGCGACCACUUCCUGCGGGUCCUGCGGGACCCCUCCGUGUACGGCCGCCUGACGGGCUCCGAGAGGGACCUCAUCCUGAGGAAGAGGACCGAGGGCCGGCCAACACUGAUGGUGGCCGAGGUCAACGACGUGUUCGACCGCGUGGGGGGCAGCAGGCCGGCCAGCCGUUGCAGCAGCCGUCCGCAGAGCCCCCUGUCGACGGCGUCGUUCGAGGAGGGCCACGCGAUGUACUACUACAACGAGACGGCCGGCGACUGGCGGGCCCUGACCGCCAUGCCCGAGGACAUCAACACCAAGGGCUGCGGGAUGUGCACCAUGUACAACUACCUGUUUGUGGCCGGCGGGAUCAAGGGCUACGGAGAGCGGGGGAAAGUGUCCGACCGGGUCUUCUACUACAACCCCGUCGACGACCGCUGGACGGAGGUGCGCCCCCUGAACCAGGCCCGCGCCCAGCUCAAGCUGGUGUCCAUGGACGGCCACCUGUACGCCAUCGGAGGGGAGUGCCUGUUCACCGUGGAGCGAUACGACCCGCGCACCGACCGCUGGACCACCGUGGCGCCCCUGCCCAAGGGGGCGUUCGCCGUGGCGCACGAGGCCACCACGUGCAACGGGGAGCUGUACGUCUCCGGGGGCUCCCUCUUCUACCGCCUGCUCAAGUACGAGCCCAAGCGGGACGAGUGGCAGGAGUGCCCCUACAACAGCAGCCGCAAGAGGUCCUCCGACAUGGUGGCCCUGAAGAGCUUCAUCUACCGCUUCGACGUGCACCGCGAGCAGGGCGUCGACGUGUUCAAAUAUAACACCAUCGUCAAGAUGUGGCAGGACUGCGCGUCCCAGAGUCUGGGCGGCGUCUCGCCCUUCCGCUGCGCGGUGAUCGGGAACUGCAUCUACUGCGUCAACAAGAGCCAGACGCUGCAGUUCGUGGUGGAGGAGGAGGGCGCCCACUUUGUGGAGGAGGCGCUGCGGCCCCCGCUGGAGGCUAAAGGGGUACUGUUUCCCUUCGUGCUUAGUUUGCCUGAGAAGCACGAGGCGGUGGCGUAGUGGGGGCACGGGCUCCAGAACAAUGGCGUGUCUCGGAGCAGGACUGGAAAAGGGCGACGGCCAACCCUUUGAUUCAGUAUCAGCGUUAUAUAUUUCAUUGUGUCCAAUGUACCUGCUUGAAGUGGAAUGUGUGUAUUUGCAUGGCAAAUUCAUGUGUCUACAGGGGCCAGCCUUAAGAAAAGGGACAAAAGUAAACUUUCAGUGUUGAAUGAAUGGACACAGCAACACAGCUGUAGAUAAUUACAUGAUGGAACUGACCUUAGGUGGUUGUGGAUUUUCUAUGUUCACCUUUGUUUUUGCGCACUUUUUAAAAUUCAGUUAGCAGAGAUAUUGUCAAGGACGUAUUUAAUUGUUGAUAAUGAAGAACUAUUUUAAACGUGUUGGCUCCAUCACGCCUGGACAAAGCUCUUAUCUAGACUUGUAACAAGUUUUUUAUUCCAAUCCAAAUCAAUUGGUGAUAAGGCCACAGUAUAAAACCACUGACUGCAACGGUUGGUGGGAACCCAGAAGCCUCAUCUCAACUGCCUUUGAACUGCUAUCACAGUGUCUAUUAAACGGCUACUACAGACGUUAAUAAACACAUGAUGCUACCCAUGUAGAAUUCCAGAACAUUGAUUGUGCUUAAUGUUCAUGUUAGAAACCCUCUUGACUUGAGGUCACCAUUGUUGUGAUGUAGGGAUGUAAAGCUUAACAAGAAGAAGCAAAAUAAGCAUUUGCCAUUUGGAUAUUUGUUGUGAUUGGAAAACUGUGAACAAAUGAUUGGCUUAUUACAAAGGGAAACGUGUGUGUAUAUGGAUUUCAGACACUAUUUGGGUUGUUACUACAAACUUGGUUUAAAGUGAUUAUUUGCCACGUUCUCCAAAGAAUAAAAUAGGACUUAAAUGAGAUUAAAAGAGCACUAUGUAUCUUACAGAUAUUUUUGAUAUGCAUUGUGUUUAUCAGAUAGCAUAUGAAAAGCACUCCUGUGACUUACACACUAUAAUCCCAUCCAGAAUCAAGCAAAAGCUUUGGUUUCCAAUAGGAGGGCAUCCUAUCUGCCCUAAAAGCACUAUGAGGGAAGUUCAAUAUAACCUAUGCACAAAGGCACUUCUGACCGUCUUGUGAAUCAAUUGAUCCAUGGAAGAUCACAUGUCACAGUAAUGACAAGAUAAGAUAAUUCCUAAGAAAUAUUUUAUUUUCUAUAUAUGCCACAACGCAAUUAACUGCAUAUCAUGUUGAGUUCUGACAAUAUUUGUUGCCAUUGCAAUAAACUAUCAGUGUGAGUUUGGAUUUUCCCCAUCAGGAAAGAAAUGCUUUUAGUUAUGCUUUACAAUGUUUCAGAGCAUUCACUGUGAAAAUGUAUGUGUUUGGAAUGCUGGUUUAGUAUCUCCCUGGAAUCAAUAUUUGUUGAAUAUUUUUUGACUGAAUGCAGCUUUUAGUGAUGAUGGUGAUGAUGAUGCGAUGCUAGUUGAAAAGCUUUCUGUCCAAGUCAUUUUUAUCAAGCUUAAAGUUAACUAACUGUUGGAUGCCGUCCAAACUAAGUGCUUCAAAUAAACCAUUUUGUGGUUGAACGUUU